AUGUCGUCGAGUUCGGAGAAUAGAUUGUCAUACGCGUCUAGUCCAGAAAGUGACUUAGAAGUGAGUCCACCAGCGCCAAGAUUAGUGAAAUCUUCUUCGGACCCCUCGAUAGCAACUACGCAAGAUAACAUGGACCAUGACGACGAUAUCAAUCAAAUGGCCGACGCAGUACCUCCGCCUUAUUCGCAAGGUGGCUACGAUAGUAAAUACGGGUUCGCAAACGGCAACGCGCAAACCAACGGCAAUCAGAGCUUGCCGAAUGAGACGCCGUACCAGUGCAUGCCGAUGUCGAACUCUCCCCCACAUUCACCUUUAUAUGGGACUGUUCCAGAGCUGCCCCCGCGCAGCGCGGCGGUGACGCGGCCGCCGGGCGGCGUGCUGCUGCCGGCGCCGCCGCCCACGCGCCACCACGGCCUCCGGCAUAACCCUGCGAACCGUCCAAGUGCCCAAGAGCGUCUGUUCGGGCCCAAAGAGAGCGAGGAGGCGGCCACGUACAGCGCGCGCCCCGCGCACGGGCAGGGCUCCUUGGACAGGCACAGGCAUCCUAAUAACCCUCAAAACUCGUACGAGGGCAGCCCCGCGUACGAGUACAGCGGCAACCCGGCGGGCGCGUGCCGCCUGCCGCCCAACGCGCCCGACGACCUCAAGGUUGCGCCUACUAUCAAGCUGGAGGCGGCGGCCGCCGCGCACGACCACAGCUCGCUGGACUACCCGCGCGCAGACACUUACCGGUCACAAGACAACUACCGUACACCUCAAACGCGACCGCCGCCCAUGAAUGGGAAUAGUCCCCACGCACAGAAUACCCAUAAUUCUCUUAAUUCUCAUAAUUCUAAUAAUCCCCAUAAUUCUCAUAAUUCACACAAUACCAACAGUACCCACAAUCCCAACAAUCCUCAUAAUCCCAACACCACCCACAAUCCCAAUAAUCCUAACAAUCACCACAACCCGAAUAUUCCUCACAAUCCCAAUAUUCCUCCGAAUAUCUCUCACAAUCCCAAUAUUCCUCCCAAUCCCAAUAAUCCCCAUAAUGCUACUAAUCCUCAUAAUCCCAAUAUUCCCCACAAUCCCAGUAAUCCCAACAAUCCCCACAAUUCUCACAAUCCUCACAAUCCCAAUAACGCACCCACCACGCCGAUGCACGCGCGGGGACCGUCCUUACCCAACGUGCCGACCAAUGACCAUGCGAAGUACAGCGCGCGGACGAACUCGGCGUCGCAGGCGGACUACGGCGGGCGCGCGCCGCCCUACAAGCCGGUGCCGCCGCCCAAGCCCAAGCACUACCGCGCGCCCGACGCGCCGCCCGCGCACCCGCCGCACCCCAGGAACGGGAGUAUGGACGCGGCGCACUACUCGCACGCGCACUCGCACUCGCAGCCGCACCGCGCCACGCACGCACACCCGUACCAUCAGCAAAACAUGUACGGCGGACAGAUGAGCGCGCAGUCGCCGCCGUACGCCGCGCCGCCGCACCGCGCGCUGCACGCGCCGCACAACCCGCACCUCAUCGAUUUAGCCGGCAGUCGGGAGCAGCGUGGGUCUGCUUUCGAGUUAUAUAGGAAACCUCAGCAUAUGCAUAACAUAAGCUCCGACGCCAUGAACUCCAGCGUGGAGCCCGAUGAAACGUUCUCACCAAAAACUAAAAAGAAAUUGUCCAAAAAGCCAUCGUUCAUUAAAAACGCCGUCCUCGAUUUAUUCCGUUCGAAAACGAAAAGUCAAAAGGUGUCUCGACAGAAGUCACUUUGCGAGAGUGACUUGCAACAGAGAUACGCGCAGCAAAUGCCAAUGCUGAGACGAGAGAAGUCAGACCUUGGGGAUCUGACCAUACAUAUGAGAAACACGCAAAUAAGAAACCAAAUGUUGCAACGCAGCAACUCGUCUUCAUGCGAAAAACCAAUGUUGAAACCGAUUCUCAAACGACAAAGUUCUUUUUGUGAUGACAGAAAUGGUUCCAUAUAUACAGUUACAGAUUACGAUACUAAACUUACUGAAAGGAACUUAAGGAGACAAAACUCCAUGUGCGAAAUAGAAACAGAGCCGAAAGUUACCCCCUUGUUACGUAGACAAAACUCUCUCAUAGAAUAUAAUAGGAGAGGUGUCUAUGGUAAUUCCAGCUUUAAUAUGAUUACCAAAAUAGACCCGAUCUACCAAAGACAACAGCAAAUAAAACAUGAACCCUUUUAUCCCACUCAACCGCUACCUCCAGAACCUAUAUACCAAAGCAAAGAACAUAUUGUAUAUGACCCUAUACCUAAGCCAAGGCGAACUUAUGCUUCUUUAUACGAUACUUCUAGCGAAAAUCCCUAUGCUACCAGAUCAGAGAUUUCAAAUCAAAGCUUUGAAAGUCCUUAUGGAAAUCGAGAUACAUUAGCAAUGCCCUUAUUAGAUCCACCUUAUGCAACAAGAGCUGAAUGUGCAAGAGAUGAUACUUAUGCUACACGAAGUGAAAUCACGGAAAGCCCAUACACAAUUAAACAAGAUAUUCCCAGAAAGAAUGAACCCUUGUACAGUGAAUCUCCAUAUGCUAGCAAAGAACAAAUGCUAAGACAUAGAAUGACUUCUGAAAGUCCUUAUACCACUAAAGAGGACAUGUUACGUUCACGUUUUUCGGAAUCUCCUUAUAAUACAAAGGAAGAGAUGCUUAAACAGAGAAUGGAUGGUUCACCCAAUUCAAAAGAACCGAUAUAUGGUAAACGGACAUAUGAGCCGCCCCCAAGUACAUCUUGGUCCGAAAAUAUUUAUGCAACACGACCUGAGAGAAAGUUACAAACACCAGUUAAUUAUCCAGGAAGAAUAUCUCCUAUGAGCAAAUGUAUGAGCGAACCGCCAUAUGCCACUCGGACUGAAAUGAUGGCAAGAAUAAACCAAACAGAAUCACCUUAUGCCACCCGAUCCGAAGUAAAGUCUAGUUGCUCAGACAACAACUAUAGCAUAAGACACGAUACUUUAGAUUAUACCCAACAAAUUAGACCAGCUUCUGCCGAGUGCACAUAUGUUUCAAAGCAAGAAAUAUUAUCACAAAAAGCUGCUUUGCUUGCUAGUAAAGAUCCCACUUAUGGUAAAUUAGAAGAAAAGUUAGAAAUCAUAAAACAGAGAAAUCAAGCUAAAAAAGAAAAGAUAUAUCAGACUAGACUUGAGGCUAAUGAUAGCGAUUCUAUGAAAAGUAGAGAACCAUUGUAUGUGUCUAAAAGAGAACUUAAAGAAAGUAUUAUAUACGAGUCUCACCAAGAAACUAAAGAAAUUGUGCCAUCAGUUAGUGGAGAAAGUAGUGCUCGAAGCAGUCCCUACGAAUUAAGUGAUGCUAAUCAUUUGUCUAGGCGAGAACCUUUGUAUCAAACACCUGCGGAAGCAAUGAAUGGUGAAUGUGAGACGUUCCAAGAGAUUGAUUUUUCCAAAUUGCGCUUAACAGAAUCAAAAACAGAUUCAGAGAAAGAAAAGUCUAAAAAUAUAGAGAGUAAAAUACUUAAAGGUGAACCGCUAUAUGCACCAAGAUUACAUGGCAAAGCCGACCAUAUAUCAAAUGCACUUAAAGUAACAACAUCACCCAUACCAUAUGAAUCUUCGACGUCUAUGGAAACACAUUAUGCAUCAGAAUGCAGUAUGAAUUUCGAAAAUAAACCGCAAAGUACACCUUACACGUCACAAGAUUUACAAGAGCGUACAUUAAAAACGAAUCGAACAGUCACAUUCUGUGAACAAAUUUUAGAAAAAAGCUCAGAAAACAGUCAAGACACUUCUGAAAAUGCAUCUUCUAGUAGAAAUGAGACGACUGUUAUAACUAAUGACAGCACAAUUGUCAAAAAUGAUACUUCUGAUGCAAAUGAAUCUGGAAAUAAAACAGAGGAAGUAGAACCGGACGGACCUCAUACGACUUGGGGUAUAUUUGACAGCGAGGGUGGCGUAUUGGAAGAUAGGCAUUGGGGCGUAUCCCUCAUAAUUCCUCCAAAAGCUAUCGCCCCAGGAAUCAAGCAAAAGAUCUAUUUUACCGUUUCCGAUCCAAGAUUGAGUCAGCGAGUGGGGGGACCUCCCAUCGAUAUGGAUAACGGUAAUGCUUUUGUAACGAAGCACGCGAUGAAUGUAGUUGCACUUACUAAUUGGCGAUUAACGUUGAAGAGCAGAGACGGAGGCAGUGCUACGUACAUCCGACCAUGUGAUCGUGAAGCAAUGCUAUCCCCACUAGUGAUGUGCGGGCCGCAGGGGCUGGUGUUCCUGCGGCCGGUGACGCUGCGGCUGCCGCACUGCGCCAACGCGGUCCCAUCCCUAGGCCUCACCAUCAAGGCCACGGACACGGAAGCCCAUCUCAGCACCGACUGGGACCAGAUACACUUGCCCGCGACCACCACACUCAACACCGUCGCGGUCAAAGUCGACCAUUUC